AUGCACCCGCAUCUGCAUACCAAGAACGCAUUAGCGUGCGAAGAAAUCAUCGCCGCCCUCGAAGAAUGCCACAACAGAGGCUUCAUGCACAAAGCCACCGGCGGGUGCAACGACGUCAAGGACAAAGUGAACCAGUGUCUACGACUCGAGCGGGGAAAGCUACAAGCGGAGAACAGGGCGGCGGCGAGGGAGAAGCGCGACAGGAUCAAGGAGGAGCAGAAGGCCUUGGGUCUCUAG